GAGUUGAUAUUAGGGUCACUGUGUUGAGAGAGCGGUAGCCAACAGGAGUGGACUGAGACAGGUGCACGUGUUUAUAACUGGCAGGAGAAACAUCAUGGAGAAAAAGGCGCCAUGGGUGUACAGCAGCGCCGCUUGUCUACUUCUGGCCAUUGGAGCAGCAGUGGUAACACCAGCUGUAGGGCAGCGCCAUCGUGAAAACUGCUGUUAUGGGAAGUCUUCCUUUGAGCACGGUCAGACUGUUGCCUCUUUACCCUCGUGCUGCCUCUAUUUGACCUGCCACGAUGGUGAUAUUCGAGAGCGAUACAUUGGCAAGACUGGUGACAAGGGCUGCUGUGAAUUUGACGGGUUGAUCUACCCUGAGGGAGCUGAGCUAACAUCCCAUUGUGCGAUGCUAAUCUGCAGGCGAGGAGUGUGGGUUGUCUCUAAUGAGAUUGCGGAGUGUUGUAAGCACUGCUACCUGUUCAACGACCCUCAUAUCCACACCCAUGACGGGCACUACUACGACUGGCAUGGUAUUUGUAAUUACACCGUGACGCAGCCUGGAAAUGGUCUUUAUCCUGACUACGGUGUCUUCAGUGACUUCCGCCGUUGUUACAACAGCGCCUCCUGCCUGGACGUGUCCACCUUUAAGAAUGACCGAUACACGGUGAUCACCUUGCGCCACAGUAACCCGUUCAUUAUUCUAGUGAAUAACGAUGAAUUCGUGGUGCCGACAACGGGCGUGUCCGAGGUGCACUCCUCUCACGGCAAGCACCCGGUCUUGGUCUGGCGGGACGGCGACUGCAUCUUCCUGACUGGCUCCUCAAAGAUUAUGGUCCAACACUGCCGCCACCGCCUGGACGUGUGGGCACACCCGUCACAUGUGAACGUUCUAUAUGGUCUGUGUGGAUGCUUCAACUUCCUCAAGGAAGAUGACUUCACGUCGCGCGACCUGACGCAACACCCUCUACAUCCCUGGCCUGUGGCCUUCGCGGAGUCGUGGCGGACUCCAGAUCAAGAGCGCGACUGCCAGACUUGCCAUGGCUGCGACAGGGAAACGACAGGAGACCAGUGCACUUUGAACGCCGCCCAGCGAGAAGAACUCCGGGCGAUUUGUAGUAGACGUCUGCACGUAAUUUUGGCAACAGACGAGGAGCUGGACCAUUAUGUCGAUGCAUGUCUGUUUGAUUUGUGCCAACUGCGCCAGACGGGAGCCACGAAGGAGGAGCAAGACAACUGGCUGCGAGAGUUGGAGACUAUAGUUCAGAAUGCUAAAAUCAUUCUCGCCAAGACUUCAGGGGAGUGGAAGCCUCUACCUGAAGUGCCUCCCUCCCAGGACCUCUGUGUGCCAGGCUCGCGGUGGAUGAUGGAUUGUAACUGGUGUGACUGUAGUGAUAAUGGACAGCUGGCUCGCUGCACCCGCAGAGGCUGUCUUGAAGGGUACAUUCAUCCACUGGGAGAAGAGGCGUGUAUAGACGGUUCCCGUUGGAAGAUGGACUGUAACUGGUGCAACUGUGUGAGGGGAGGAUUCAUAUGCACCCGCAACUCGUGUGGUCCUGCCACGUUCCCUCCGCCUGCUGGUACCAUCCCAGCUCUGUCAACAUUCCCUACUUCACUGCAGGUGUGCCUGCAGCCCAAAGACCCUGGCAACUGCUAUGGGUUCUUCCCGCGAUAUUAUUUUAAUUCCACCAUGAAACGGUGCGAGUACUUCAUCUAUGGCGGUUGUGGAGGAAACCAAAACAACUUCGAAUCGUUGCGUGACUGUGAGAACGCUUGCAAUUCAACCAAGUAAACCUGGACUUCCAUUCCCCUCUGUGACGUUAUUGGAGUGGUCCCGUUAGAGGACCAGAUGUGUCGUGACGCAGAGCUAUAGGUUUUACAUUCGCCAGGAAACUUCAAGCUUACCCACUUUUCCACACUGAUGAAUAAACUGUUAAUAAAUUGUUAAUAGAUAA